UACUGUGUUAGUAGUAUUAUCAAUAUGAUUGUAAGGUUUUUAAUUUUAUUAUUAGUAGUAAGUUAUGUUUGUGGACAAUUUCCUAAUGGCAGAAAACUGGAAGGUCCUAUGCCUGAAUUGUGCGAAAAAAGAAUUAUUCACGAGACUUCACAGGCUGGAACAAACUAUUUUUAUCACUGGAGAGAAAAUAUUGAUGAAGAAGACUGGUUAGGAGCAAGAAACUACUGUAGGAUGCGUUGCAUGGAUUUGGUAUCAUUGGAGACAAAAGAAAAAAACGAAUGGUUAAAGUUAGCAAUCGCAAGAGAUGAUGUCGACGAAGUUUGGACGUCUGGCAGAAUAUGCGAUUUUAACGGUUGCAACAGACCGGACCUCUUGCCUAAAGACGUAAACGGUUGGUUUUGGACCUCCAUCUUUGCAAAACUGCCUCCCACUACAGAUAGAAUUUCAAACGACUGGUCGGAAACUGGAGAAUUGGGAAAAAGACAACCGGACAACAGGGAAUAUUCUAUAAACAGGAAACUGGAAAGUUGUUUGGCUGUAUUCAACAAUAAAUAUAACGAUGGGAUUAAAUGGCAUGAUGCUGUAUGCAGUAGAAGACGUUCUUUUGCUUGUGAGGAUAGUAAAGAAUUAUUGCAAUACGCCAGAUACAUCAGACCAGACUUAAAAAUCUGAUAGUAAAUCUGUA